CCGCGAAUGGGCGCAAGCAGCGCAAGCCGCGGCGCGUGCCACAGGGACUGGCAAGCCGACGCCGAGAGGCGCUUUCAUCGCUCUGUCUCUCUCGCACCCACACGGGGCGUUUGUGAGUGCGAGAGAGACAGGGCGACGGAAACGACCCUCGGCAUCGGUCCACCGGUGUUGUUCUGGCUCCUGCCGCAUGGCUCGUUAGACCACAGUCGGUGAGAAGACGCGGUCCGCACAGGGUGCCACAGGGUGCCGCUUCGUACCGCCCGUCCCAGCGAGUCUUCCGAGUGCCGAGUCCUCGGGGCGACAGCCUCGUUGUCUUGCCAUGGACGAGAUACGCCGCGCUGGUGGCGUGCGUCGCUACACGCAGCCUCCGCUCGAGCCCGCCAAGCCUGGCGAGCAGAUAGCCCGCAAGAUCAAGUCGGCCUUCCCCGAGCCCUCCAACGACUUCCUGGGGAAGCCCAACGUCCGGCCGUACUACUGCGAGGAGUGCGACCGCUCGUUCCUGUGCCAGAGCAGCGUCGACAGACACCUGUGGUACCACCUGCGCAGGAAGGUCGGCAUGUGGAAGCAGCCGACGCCGCCCGGCGAGAACUUCGAGUGCGGUGAGUGCGGCGCGGAGUUCCGCCUGCAGGACACCUUCGUGGAGCACGUGGCCACCCACCUGAGCUUCCUGUGCCCGUGCCGCAUGGCCUACUCCAACAAGCUGGGCCUGGAGAGGCACACCCUGGCCUCGCACGCGCACCGCAACGCACACGACUUCCAGCGCCGCGAGCGCCGGGACAAGGUGUGGGAGGAGCGGGAGCGGCCCCAGGACGACGACGAAUAAAGCUUGCAAAAAGGCC